CAUCGUCAUCGGUCUCCCUCUUUGAUUCCAAUUGCAGCGUCUCCCUGUAUUAAGCUUCUAGGGUAAUAUCACUAUUUUCAACUUUUCUUUGGGUAUAUUAGACAAGAUGACCUCUUCUAUCAAGUGAUUCUGAUAUCUCCAUGGAGAUAGAUCUUGAAUUGCCUUCACAUGAAGAGUUAAAGUUACCCAGUAGAUCAAAUACAAAUGUUGAAAUCGUGGAUGAAGUAGAUGGAAUGCAGGUUGUGAGCCAAGAUAUAAAUUCUACCAGAAAGGACCAUGUUGAGGAAACCUGUGGACUCGAUGCAAAUGGAAGUCUUAGAGUUGUGCAUGAGCAGGUUGAUGUCAACGCUGUGGGUGCUGAUGUUACAAGCAACAGUGCCACUUGUGAUCCCCAAAAUGGUUUGGAAUUUGAGACGAAAGAGGCAGCAUAUUCUUUCUACAGGGAAUAUGCUCGAUCUGUGGGAUUUGGUAUCACAAUAAAGGCCAGCCGUCGUUCAAAAAGAUCUGGGAAAUUUAUUGAUGUGAAGAUUGCAUGUUCUAGAUUUGGAAGCAAGCGUGACUCAAGUACAACCAUUAAUUCACGCUCAUGCGUAAAGACAGACUGCAAGGCUGGCAUGCACAUGAAAAGGACUCAAGAUGAGAAAUGGGUUAUAAAUAGUUUCAUAAAGGAGCAUAACCAUGAGAUUUGUCCGGAUGAUUUUUACGUUUCCAUCAGAGGGCAUAACAAGCAACCUGGUAUAGUUGCUUGUCAAAAGAAAGGUCUGCAGCUGGCUUUAGAUGUGCAAGAUAUACAUGCGAUGCUUGAGCAUUUUAUGUGCAUGCAGGAUGAGAAUCCAAAUUUCUUUUAUGCAAUGGAUCUAGACCAUGAUAAACGUUUGAGAAAUGUGUUUUGGGUUGAUGCAAAAGCUAGGCGUGACUAUAGCAGUUUUUGUGAUGUUGUUUUCUUCAAUACCUUUUACGUCAAAAACAAAUUCAGAGUUCCUUUUGCUCCUGUCAUUGGAGUGAAUCAUCACUAUCAAUUCAUGCUACUUGGCUGUGCGUUGAUUGGGAAUGAGACUGCAGCAACUUUUGCUUGGUUAAUGCGGACAUGGCUUAAGGCAGUGGGUGGCCGUGCUCCCAAAGUAAUUAUUACUGACCAAGACAAAGAUUUGAAUGAAGCUGUUGCAGAUAUAUUUCCUGACUCACGCCACUGCUAUUGUUUAUGGCACAUCUUGAGUAAGAUUACUGAAAAUUUCGGUUUUACUAGAGAUCAAGAGGAUUGUUUUAUGGAAAAUUUUGACAAAUGUCUUUACAGAUCUCUAAUCGAUGAGCAGUUUGAAAAGCGAUGGUGGAAGAUGGUCGAUAAAUUUAAACUGAGGGAGCGUGAAUGGGUACAUUUAUUGUACGAAGAUCGAAAAAAGUGGGUCCCAACCUACAUGCAGGAAACAUUCUUAGCUGGAAUAUCUACAACUAGGAGAUCUGAGAGUGUUGCGUCUUUCUUUGACAAGUACAUAAGCAAGGAAGCUACAGUCAAAGAAUUUAUAGAGCAAUAUGAAAAAUUUUUGCUAGAUAGGUACGAUAUGGAAUCCCAAGCUGAUUUUGAGACACAAACUAGAAAACCUGCUCUAAGAUCUCUCUCCGCUUUUGAGAAGCAAAUGUCAACAGUUUAUACUGAUACAAUCUUCAAGAAAUUUCAGGUUGAGGUUGCAGGAAUUGUUUCUUGUAACUUGCAAAAGGAAAGUGAAGAUGGGACAAAUAAGAUCUUUCGUGUUGACGAUUUUGAAAAACGUCAAAAUGUCUUUGUAGCAUGGAAUGAAGCAGAGUUUAAUAUAUGUUGUUCGUGUCGUUCAUUUGAGUUCAGAGGCUUUCUUUGUAAACAUGCUAUCCUUGUUCUUCAAACGUCUGGUGUUUCCAGCAUUCCCUCCCGUUAUGUGUUGAAGCGUUGGACAAAAGAUGCAAAAGUAAGGCAAACUGGUAGUGAACUAUCAAAUAAACAUCCCUAUAGAGCAGAACGUUUCAAUGAUCUAUGUAAACUAGCAAUCAAAUUGGGGGAGGAGGGGUCCCUAUCUCAAGAAGCAUACAAUAUUGCAUUUCAGGCAUUAGAAGCAGUAUUCAAAAAUUGUGUGGGUGUAAAUAAUUCUGUAAGGAGUGUUUCAGAGCCCAAAAGUUUGGGCCUUCAUGGAUUUCUUGAUGUUGGACGAGGGAAUUGUGGCAACGAUGUGGCAAACUCAUCAAAGAAAAAGAAGAAGUACAAGAAAAGAAAGAUAUAUUCUGAGCCUCAGGGAGUAACUAUUGGCUUGCAAGACCAUUGUCGGAGCACGGAACAGCUGAAUUCGAGGGCACACAUCAUGGAGAACUCUCGUGUACCUCAUCAACAGAAUGUGCAAGGGAUGGAAUUAGGUUCAAGGCUACCAACUCUUGAAGGUUAUUCUGGUCCCGAACAAAAUAUCCACGGAAUGGGACAAUUUAAUUCAAUUUUUCCAAUCCGCAAUAAUUACAUCAACAACCAACAGGGCAUGCAGGGACUGGCACUGUACCGAUCUACGGCAACACGUGCCAGUCAUUAUGGGAACCAACAUAGCAUGCAGGGACUGUUGCAGGGACAGCUUGGUUUCAGACCACCGACCAUGCUUGGGUGCUUUGACGUUCAGGAGAGUUUGCAAGACAUGGAACAUUCUGCGGGCACGGAGUAUAACAGCAGUGUACUAAAGCCUCAUGAUAAGCACCUACAUUAGUGCACGGAUAGCUGACAACUUCACAUGAUAGUGUGCAUAUAGAGACCAUCUUUCUUGUAUUAUUACAGAGGUAAAAAAGCACCAGCCACAUACAAACGUGUGUUUAUCUAUUUUAUAAUACUCUUAUGACCA